AUGAAUACCAGCACUGCAAAAAAUAAUAGUCAGUUAGCCAGUACAGAACUUAUGGACAAAAUGUUCUGUAAUCAAAACACCAAAAUAGUGAGCUCAGUAUUGCUCACUUCUAAUAUGAGCACUUUUAUAAAUUACCAGGAUGUAGACCUAACAAAAUGGGACAAUAAAGAGAGAAACUCGUCAGUACAAAGAAAGAAAAAUAGGGAUAGUGAAAAUAAUAACAUCACCAGUCUUAAAAGGAAGCAGGAUAUAUCUACUUAUUGUUCAUACAAGAUGGAACGGUGGUUACCAGUGAAGAAAGAUGUUAAUUCACAUAAAACAAAGUCUGAUUGGGCUUCUGAACAAGCAGAAUCACCUGAAAAAACGUUUUGUGACAUCAGAAAUUUGGGAUAUGAGGAAAAAAGCCAGUUAAUCACAACUAUAAAAGAGGCAGUAGCUCUGGUGGUUACUAUGGUAUUUCAAGAUGGUUCUUCACAGCUGAGCUCGGAUCAGGGCCUAGUCUCAUCAGUAAGAGGAAUUGUUGUGUUAAUAAAGAAACAGACAGACCAACUUUGUCCUUCCAAAGGCUCUUCAAUUGUUAAUCCAAUUGUUUGGGAUGCCUGUACCAGAAAUGAUAAGUGUAUUUAUUUAAAAAUAGAGCACUCUUCUGUUUGGGAGCAACAGGAACAGACUCAUAAGAAGUACAUCAGGGAAAUACUAUUUGAAAUACUACACUGUACUAUUAUUUGCUUCAAUGCAAAGGAUUUUUUGAGAACACUGCUUCAUGUUUAUGGUGAUGAUAUUAACUGGAAACAAGUGGCUGAUUGUGUUGUGUUAGAUCCAAGGAUUGCUGCAUGGCUGAUAAACCCCAGUGACACUGUCCCCUCUUUUGAAUAUUUGAUACAUAAGCAUUUUGAAAAUCCUGUCUCAGAGAGAACAGUGAAUAUGAAUGCAGAUUCCUUGAGAAAUACAUUGCACCAGAACUUGGUUCUAAACUUGAAGAUACUUUACAGUAUAAUGAUGGAGCUGGCUGGUGAAUUACAGGUUCAAGGCUUGUGGAAACUCUUUUGCACUUUGGAGCUUCCCUUGAUAAAAAUUUUGGCAGUGAUGGAAACCCAUAAAAUACAUGUGAAUAAAGAAGAACUAAAAAGAACAUCAGAGAUUCUAGGGUUGCGAUUGAAAGAGCUUGAGCAGGAAGCCCAUCGAGCUGCUGGACAACAAUUCCUAUUGACCAGCAGUAGUCAGCUGAGAGAGGUACUGUUCGAAAAACUAAAGCUCCAUAUGCUGUGUGAGAAAGUUCCCAGAACUGAGAUGCAGCAUCUUCAAUCCACUUCUGAAGUUGUGUUAAACAAGCUGCAAGAUCUUCAUCCAUUGCCUAUGAUAAUUUUAGAAUACCGACAGGUUCACAAGAUAAAGUCAACCUAUGUGGAUGGACUACUUUCAUGCAUGAAAAAGGGAUUUAUUUCAUCUACAUGGAAUCAGACAGGAACUGUGACUGGCAGACUUUCAGCCAAGCAUCCUAAUAUCCAAGGUAUAUCCAAGCAUCCAGUUCAAAUUAUUAAGAAGCAAUAUGUAAAAGGAAAAGAAAAUGAAAUAGUAACUAUUUCCCCAAGAACAUUGUUUGUUUCAGCUAAAGGAUAUACGUUCUUAGCAGCAGAUUUUUCCCAUAUUGAACUAAGAAUCCUUGCACACCUAUCCUGUGACCCAGAACUUCUGAAACUGUUCCAAGAACCUGAAACCACUGAUGUGUUUACUACACUGGCUUCUCAAUGGAGGGGUAUUCCAAGUGAACAAGUGAAGCAUGCAGAUAGAGAACAGGCAAAGCGCGUUGUCUACUCAAUAGUUUAUGGAGCAGGUAAAGAACGUCUUGCUGGAUGUUUGGGAAUUACUCCUCUUCAAGCUGGUCAAUUUAUAGAGAGUUUUCUGAUGAAAUACAAGAAAAUUCAUGACUUUACAAAGAAAACCAUUGAGCAAUGCCACAAUGAAGGAUAUGUGGUUUCCAUCAUGGGACGUAAAAGACACUUGCCUAAUAUCAAUGCUCGAGACUACAGACUACGUACUCAAGCAGAGAGGCAGGCUGUCAACUUUGUUGUCCAAAGAUCACUUUCUUUUGUAGGAUCUGCAGCUGACCUUUGUAAAAUGGCUAUGGUUGAGAUUUUUACCUCCGUUGCUAUUUCUCCGACUUUAACAGCCAGGUUUAUUGCCCAAAUUCAUGAUGAAUUGUUGUUUGAAGUGGAAGAUUCUCAAAUUCAGGAAUUUUCAGUACUUGUAAAAAGAACAAUGGAAUCCCUGCAGCAAAUCAAAGCCUUAGACAUGCCCCUAAAGGUCCCCUUGAAAGUGAUUCUUACCACUGGAAAGUCAUGGGGUUGCAUGACAGAAUUACAGGAGAUGUAAAACAACAGUCAUCAGGGAUGUUAUUCAAUAUCAGUACACAUCAUUGGCCUACACUGAUUCUUUACUGAAUCGCUAGACAACAGCUCUGCUGGAUCUUUCAUAAGCACCUAAUACUCUGCAUGUGAAUUUUUUUACUUCAUUUUGUCUGUAGCCCUAGGCAACAGCAGUAAGAUAAAACUGGUUUUUACCAGUUCAUUGUGUUUCCUUUAGCCAAGGUAACCAGCAGGGAGCUGCUUUUGUUCCCAGCUAAAUUACCACAUGUAAGAAAUGAAGCAAGACAGCAUUAACCCUUCGGGGACAUAAUAUCUAUCUAAUUCACACACACAUGAUAUGUUAACAUUAAACAUUUUGUCAGAUGCCUGUAUGAAUGCGGGAUAUUUGAAAUAAUGCAACUAUACAAUUUUAAAUGUAUCAACAGUUUUAUUCAACGUGUUAUUGUAGAAUUUGCAAGCGAUGUGUCUGGCUUUUAUGAAGCACUGUAUUAGCUUUCUUCAGACAAAAAUGAUUAUUCAACCUUAAAUCAUUGUAAGGUUUUUUAAGCAAAACAGGUAGACAGAUACUGGAUGCCUAAAUGCUUUUCAAAGAGCCAGGCCAACAGCGCAGAUAAUUGCUGCUUGAGUUAGUUUUUUUCAAACUCAGGGUAUAUGAAUUUACCCAGUACAGAAUAUAUGCUAUAGUGAAUGAGGAAUGUUGUAUGAAAAUUCACCUACUUUAUUUAAAAUACUACUAGAUAAUUGUUUAUGAUAAAUGUUUAGGUUUAAAAUUGGGCUCACUUUUCUGCUUUAAUGCUUAGAUUUAUGAUUGAUAUCUUAGUCUUGUUUUAGUAUUGCUUGUUCUGUAAAUCCGUUGUUUUAAGCAGCAUUACUAAAGGCCCAGUCCCGUCUGGUCCUCCUGGGAAAUGCAGGCACCCUCAAGUCCCACUGACCUAAUUAGAAGUUAAGAGAGCCUUCCAAGAGAUGCUCAAUACCUCACAGGAUUGAGCCCCAAAUGCUUAACACUUCACUAGUGUCAUUUCAGCUUUAGAUUCCAU